ACAUUAAAUAUGUAUUAUAAUAUACCAAUACGCCAAGUUUUCUCAUUAAAUUCUAGUGUUAAUCUUAAGUUAAUACAUUCAGUGAAGCUUGGUGACAAUUACAAUCAACUCUAACUUUAAAUAUUAAGAAAUAGGUUUGUGAUUUUAGUUCAUGAGCCUGAUAACAUUUCUUUAGAGAUAGAAUUGCACUCCCAUCCUAAAGUAGUGAGCUAAAAUUGGAAAUAUUGUAACUUUUAAUCUGUUUAAAUUUGUUUCAAUACACUUGCAUACACACAUAUGAAUGAAUUAUAACUAAAAGGUACUUUUGACCACUCGGCUGAGAAGCCGACUGAUAUUCAGUGAGCACAAAGCUCCUGGAGCUGUUGUGUCUGGGGGUAUUAUUAGCCGAGGAACCGCUCCGGUGUUCGCCCUUUCCUCCCCUCCGCCGCCCCCCAGUCAACCUCUCUGCUCGGGCUUCUCCACGAGUCCACGCCCCUGUGGCUGACAGCGGGCGACAUGCCUUCAUGGUCUGGCGGAGGAUCCAGGAAGGCUGGCACACCGAGAGAAGAGAGAGAAGAAGAAGAAAAAGGGGGGCGCCGCUAACAUCAUGAUCCCAAACCUCGUCGCGUGAUAAAAGCCCCUCACACCCUCCAGCUCUCACCUGAACGCAAGGGCAUCAUGAUUCCCGUCAUGGAAUUCCGGCAGUUCUCUGAACAGCAGCCAGGGUUCAGAGUCCUGAAGCCGUGGUGGGACGUGUUCACCGACUACCUGUCUGUCGUCAUGCUCAUGAUUGGCGUCUUUGGAUGCACUCUUCAGGUAAUGCAAGAUAAAAUCAUAUGCCUUCCUCUGAGAGUCUCGUCGCUCCCGGUGAACAAAAGUGAAGUGGAAUCCAAGUCACUGUUACACCUGCAAUCCAAUAUUUCAGCCCCAACGAGAGAAAUGACAGGUCGGAAAACCGAUCUGGAUCUCCAACAGUACAGUUUCAUCAACCAGAUGUGUUACGAGAAGGCUCUGCACUGGUAUGCCAAGUACUUCCCUUAUUUGGUUCUCAUACACACUCUGAUUUUCAUGGUGUGCAGCAACUUUUGGUUCAAAUUCCCCGGCUCAAGCUCUAAAAUAGAGCAUUUCAUCUCCAUGCUCAGCAAGUGCUUCGACUCUCCCUGGACCACACGAGCUUUGUCGGAGGUGUCCGGAGAAAAUACGGAGGAAAAGGAAGAUAAAAAGAGCGCCACAUUGAGGUCCACCAUCGCUUUGUCUCCUGGGGAAGGAAGUCUGGAGAAGACGCAGUCCCUCCGGUCCAUCCCGGAGAAGAUCGUGGUGGAAAAGCCGUCGGCGAGUGCCCUCGACAAAAGAGAGGGCGAACAAGCCAAAGCUCUUUUUGAAAAGGUGAAGAAGUUCCGUUUGCACGUUGAGGAAGGAGACAUCCUCUAUCUUAUGUACGUUCGGCAGACAGUGUUCAAGGUGUUCAAAUUCCUCCUGAUCGUCGCUUAUAAUAGCUCCCUCGUGAAUAAAGUGCGGAACACGGUGCUUUGUGAAGUGGAGAUCCAGGACAUGACGGGAUACAAAGACUUUAAAUGUAACCACACAAUGGCCCAUCUGUUCUCCAAGCUUUCCUACUGCUACCUGUGUUUGGUGGCCGUCUACGGCUUGACAAGCCUGUACACCUCUUACUGGCUGUUUUACCGCUCGCUCAAAGAGUACUCCUUUGAGUAUGUGCGACAGGAAACCGGCAUCAGCGACAUCCCAGACGUCAAGAACGACUUUGCUUUCAUGCUGCACAUGAUUGACCAGUACGACCCGCUGUAUUCGAAGCGGUUUGCCGUCUUUCUCUCCGAGGUCAGCGAGAACAAACUGAAGCAGCUCAACCUCAACCACGAGUGGACGGCGGAGAAGUUGCGUCAGAGGCUGCAGACGAACGGCAGCAACAGACUUGAACUUCAGCUCUUCAUGCUCCCGGGGUUACCCGACCCCGUCUUCGAGGUGGCGGAGCUGCAGUCCCUCAAGCUGGAGAUCAUCAACAAUGUCACCAUCCCGGCCUCCAUCUCGCAGCUGCAAGACCUGCAGGAGCUGUCUCUUUACCAGUGCUCUUUAAAGUUGCACACAACGGCUACCUCGUUCCUCAAGGAGAACCUGAAGGUGCUUCGGGUGAAAUUCGAUGACAACAGGGAACUUCCCCACUGGAUGUACGGCCUGCGCAACCUCGAGGAGCUCCAUCUCACUGGGUCUCUAUGCCCCGAUGUCUCCAAAAACAUCGUUCUCGAGUCACUGCGGGAGAUGAAGUGUUUGAAAACUCUCUCCCUGAAGAGUAAUUUGACAAAAAUACCCCAGUCCAUCGUGGAUGUCUCCAGCCAUCUGCAGCGGCUGUACUUCCACAACGAUGGCUCUAAACUCGUCAUGCUUAACAACCUGAAGAAGAUGACCAACCUGAUCGAGCUGGAGCUGGUACGUUGCGACCUGGAACGCAUCCCGCACGCGAUCUUCAGCCUGACCAAUCUGCAAGAGCUUGACCUCAAAGAGAACAACCUUCGCUCAAUAGAGGAGAUCAUCAGCUUCCAACAUCUUCGAAAACUAAUUUGCCUCAAACUUUGGUACAACGGCAUCACGUAUAUCCCGGAGCACAUCAAGAAGCUCGGCAGCCUCGAGCGCCUCUACUUCAGCCACAACAAGAUCGAGGUCUUGCCUUCGCACCUGUUCUUGUGCAACAAGCUUCGCUACCUGGACCUGUCCAACAACGACAUCCGGUUCAUCCCUCCAGAGAUUGGAGUCCUUCAGAGUCUACUGUAUUUCUCUGUCACCUGUAACAAAAUUGAAAGUCUGCCAGAUGAGCUGUUCUUUUGCAAAAAGCUCAAAACGCUAAAGCUCGGCAAGAACUCACUGUCCAUACUCUCGCCAAAGAUUUCCUACUUGGCUCUACUGACAAACUUGGACCUCAAAUGCAACCACUUUGAGAUUCUGCCACAAGAGCUCGGUUGCUGUCGCGCUCUGAAGCGCAGUGGUCUCAUCGUGGAAGAGACACUGUUUGAAACUCUGCCUUCUGACGUCAGAGACCAAAUGAAGGCUGAGUGAGACGCCUUAUUGUCGCCGCAGUGCCUGCCGUCUACCAAUUCAGAACAUUCAUUUUCUAUGAAGUCAUUACCAUACUUUCACUACUGUUAAGUUAUUUUUCCUGUUUCCGUCACGCAGGGAAAAAAAUACUUGUUCCUAAAAUGUCACAAAGAUUUUGGUUGCAACAUUGUUAUGUUUUUUAAAAUGUUUUUAAAAAUGUUUACAUAUUAUCCAUCCACAAUGUCUCCUUAAAGGAACAGUUCUCACUGAGAGUAAGCUGCUAGCUUAGCACUAAAACCCACCAGCACCUCUGAAGCUAAUUGACACGUCAUAGAUUGCUCGUUUUAUCCGGGAAAAAAAGUUAUUUUGAUUCAAUUCUUUUUGAUUCAAUUUGAACAAUGUUAAUACCAAUUACCUUAUGCCUUAAAUACCUUACACUAAUAAUCUCUUGAAUGGGAUUUUUUCUAAAUAGUGAGAACAUUUGGAACAAAAACAAACCAGACUACAAUAAGAACAAAAAUAAUUUACAAACUGUCCAGGAUUUUACAUAAAGACUAUGAAUAAGUAAUAAGCCGCCUUAAAACUUUCAGGUUGUGGUAUUGUUAGAUGCUGGAGGUUACUCGUGUGACACUUUUGUACUAUUGUUACAUAAAGUGCAUCUUGCUGUAUUUUCAUCUGCAGCUGAAAAGUAGCACUUUCACGUUUGAGGUAGAAGUGUGCAGGUUCUGGUGUCACAUUGGUUCCCACUGUCAUGUGGCAAGAGCCAGGUGAAUGUCAGGGUGUUUUUGGCAAUUUAUAUAUAUCUAUAAAUAUUUUUAUUUAUAUAUAUCAAUACAUCCAUAUUUUUUUGAAGGAAUCAAUAACAAAUGAGCUUGUGAGUAUCAAAGUAGCAAUAUCUCAAUAUCAAUCUGCACAUCCCCUAAAUAGUGAGAUUGAGAGGUGCUAGUAGGAAGAUAUCUUUUUUUAAAUCACUAAACAACCAGUCGAGCUUCUUCCCUUUUCUUCUCCAUCGUGUUUAUGCUAAGAUAGCUGUCUCCUGGAUGUGGCCUCACAUAUAGCCUGCAGACACGUGUGACAUAGAUAUUUUCAUCUAACUCUCGGCCAGAACGCAAAGAAGCAUUUCCACUUAGAUUGUUUGAAUGCAUAUUUUCUGCCACCGCUACAUGAAAUAAUUUCAUUCCUGAGCGUAAAUUUAGUCUGAAUACCGCGCUUAGGGUAUGUUUAGGCCAGGAGCCUUAAGCUGUAAUGUAUAUAUCUACUGUUGCCCUUAUAAAGUAUUUUCUUUUCUUCAAGAGACUGUUACAUCUCAUGGAUCGCAGUAUAGGGAGAUGCACAAACACAAAGGAUAUAUCGCACAUAAGUAGGCCUUCAUGUAGAAUCUUGGCUGAACAAUUCUGUAUCUGAAAGUUGCCAAUUUAAAGUGCAUUAAACUAAAAGGACUUGUCAA